AUGAAGCCCCGACCAUUGCUGACUUACCUGGUCCUCCUCAUAGCUGUAGGAUUUUACUCUGUGGGAGCUGCACAAAGAGGAAACAGCAAUGGGGAAACUAUACCAGACUCAGCUCCUUCUGCUCCCGGUACCCUUCCUUAUUUCCAGAUGGAGCCUGAAGAUGCCUACAUCAUUAAAAGCAAUCCUAUCAUUCUCCGCUGCAGAGCCAUGCCAGCUAUACAGAUCUUCUUCAAGUGUAAUGGAGAAUGGGUGCACCAGAAUGACCACUGGUUUGAUGAAAUCACAGAUGAAGGCUCUGGUCUGAAAGUUCUAGAGGUCCUGAUCAAUGUGACCAGGCAGCAAGUGGAGGAUUUUCAUGGCUCUGAGGAUUACUGGUGCCAAUGUGUUGCUUGGAGUAAUCUGGGGACCUCCAAAAGCAGAAGGGCAUCUGUGCGCAUAGCCUAUUUGAGGAAAAAUUUCGAACAAGACCCUCAAGGAAAAGAAGUCCCCAUUGAAGGGAUGAUUGUUCUCCACUGUCGACCACCAGAGGGGGUGCCCACAGCCGAGGUUGAAUGGUUUAAAAACGAAGAACCAAUUGAUGCCCUGCAGGACGAAAAUAUUGACACCAGGGCAGAUCACAACCUUAUCAUACGACAUGCUCGUCUGUCUGAUUCUGGGAACUACACAUGUAUGGCAUCCAAUAUUGUUGCUAAAAGGAGGAGUGCAUCAGCUACCAUUGUGGUGUAUGUGAACGGAGGGUGGUCAUCAUGGUUAGAGUGGUCAACAUGUAGCGUGAGCUGUGGCCGUGGAGUCCAGAAACGUUCCAGGACCUGCACUAACCCAACGCCUCUGAAUGGUGGCACCUUCUGCGUAGGGUCAUCUAUGCAGAAACUUAGCUGUUCCUCACAGUGUCCUGUAGAAGGACAAUGGAAGGAGUGGGGUGAGUGGUCAGUCUGUAGCCCGGAAUGUGAUCAUCAUCGCGAAAAGGAGUGCACAAUACCUACUACAGUUAAUGGAGGAAAACCGAGUGAUGGGAUGAGCCAAGAGUCUGAAAACUGCACAGAUGGGUUGUGCAUUCAAGUGGAAAAACCACUCCAUGAGAUAAAUCCUGAAAGCGCUGAAAACGCUAGUGACAUUGCUCUGUACUCUGGUCUGGGAGCUGCCAUCAUUGCUGUGGCUGUGCUGGUGGUGGGAAUUACGUUAUAUCGAAGGAGCCAGAGCGAGUAUGGCGUGGAUGUUAUUGAUUCGUCUGCCCUGACAGGAGGCUUUCAGACUUUCAAUUUCAAAACUGUCCGACAAGGGAACUCACUUUUAUUGAACUCUUCUCUACAACCUGACUUAACAGUGAGCAGAACAUACAGUGGCCCAAUUUGUUUCCAGGACCCUAUGGACAAAGAAAUAAUGACUGAGUCUUCAAUAUUUAACCCUCUCACAGACAUCAAGGUCAAGGUGCAAAGUUCCUUUAUGGUCUCACUUGGGGUGACUGAGAGGCCAGAUUUCCAUGGAAAGACACUUUCAGGGACCUUUCCACAUGGUAAUAAUAGGUGUUUCAGUACCCUGCACAGCCGAAAUAAAACUCCCUAUAUUCAGAAUCUGUCAUCUAUUUCAUCCAAGCCAGAGAUGAGAGUUUGUGGAAUUUUUGGCCAUCAAGGAGGACGACUGGUUAUGCCAAAUACAGGGGUGAGCCUGUUGAUCCCGCAUGAGGCGAUUGCAGAAGACAACUCAUGGGAAAUCUAUCUGUCAGUCAAUCAAGGGGAACCAAGUUUGCAGUUGGAGGGUUCAGAGGUUCUUCUGGGACCAGAAGUCACCUGCGGACCCCUUGAUAUGACCUUCUCUACUCCUGUGGCCUUAACCAUCCCUCACUGCGCUGAAGUGAGCUGUGAGCAUUGGCAUGUGCGGCUCAAAAGAAGAUCUCAACAGGGCAACUGGGAGGAAGUAAUGUCUACCGAUGACGAAACCACUUCCUUUUACUGCCUUUUGGAUCCCUUUGCUUGCCAUAUAUUAAUGGACAGCUUUGGCACUUAUGCUUUGGUGGGCGAACCUCUCACAGACUGUGCCGUGAAGGAGCUCAAAGUAGCUGUGUUUGGCUGUAUGUCCUGCAAUUCCUUGGAUUAUAACCUGAGGGUUUACUGUAUUGACAACACCCCAUGUGCAUUCCAAGAAGUGCUUUUGGAUGAGAGACAUCAAGGUGGACAGCUGUUGGAAGAACCAAAGUUGCUUCAUUUCAAGGGGAAUACCUUCAGCAUCCAGAUUUCUGUUCUCGACAUCCCUCCCUUCCUCUGGAGGAUCAAACCAUUUACUGCAUGUCAGGAGGUCCCUUUUUCUCGUGUCUGGUGCAGUAACCAGCAGCCACUGCACUGUGCCUUUUCCCUGGAGAGAUACACCCCAGCCACCACCCAACUGUCCUGUAAGAUCUGCGUCCGACAGGUCAAAGGCCAUGAGCUGAUUCUUCAGAUACAGACAUCAAUUCUGGAGAACGAUCGCGAAACCAUAGCUUUCUUUGCACCGGAGGACAGCAAUUUCCUAGCACACACUGGUCCGAAAGCCUUCAAAAUCCCUCACUCCAUCAGGCAGCGGAUAUGUGCAACGUUCGACACACCGAACUCCAAAGGAAAAGACUGGCAGCUGUUAGCACAGAAACUUUCUAUAAACAGGAACUUGUGCUACUUUGCAACAAAGAGCAGCCCAUCAGCCGUCAUCUUGGACCUAUGGGAAGCACGGCAUCCCUAUGACGGAAGUUUGGAUUCUUUGGCAUGUGCAUUAGAAGAGAUAGGGAGGACACAAACCAAACUGUCACUGGUAUCAGACACUCAUACAGAGGAUCCAGACUUCAGCUACAGCCGGCAGAAUGGACUUUGA